CUAGCUUGGUGUUUCAUUUUUGUUUUUAUCCAAAUUGUUCAGAGAUUUCGGAAUAAUCGAUUAACAUUUUUCCCCUGGAUUUCUGUCUUCGUUUGCUUCUUAACCUGUGGCUUUUGCAUUUGAUUCUGAGAAAUUUCAGUUACGAAAAUGAAUCUAAGGAACGUGAAAGUUCCAAAUGUUCCAGGUGGUGGUGCUGCCUCUGCGCUGCUGAAGCUGGGAAUUGUUGGUGGGAUUGGCUUGUAUGCAGCUGCUAACAGUCUCUACAAUGUUGAAGGAGGGCACCGAGCUAUUGUUUUCAACCGUAUAGUCGGUGUCAAGGACAAGGUCUAUCCUGAAGGGACACACUUUAUAAUUCCAUGGUUUGAGAGGCCGGUCAUCUAUGAUGUCCGUGCACGACCACAUCUAGUUGAGAGUACAACAGGGAGUCAUGAUCUCCAGAUGGUGAAAAUUGGGCUUCGAGUCCUUACUCGUCCUCUGCCAAGUCAUUUACCUACUAUUUAUCGGACCCUUGGAGAGAAUUAUAAUGAAAGAGUUUUACCUUCAAUUAUACAUGAAACUUUGAAAGCUGUGGUUGCCCAGUACAAUGCCAGCCAGCUUAUCACUCAGCGAGAGGCUGUUAGUAGGGAAAUCCGGAAGAUUCUGACUGAGAGGGCAGCUAAUUUCAAUAUUGCCCUUGAUGAUGUGUCAAUUACUAGUCUGACCUUUGGCAAGGAGUUUACUGCUGCAAUUGAAGCCAAGCAAGUGGCUGCGCAAGAAGCUGAGAGGGCUAAAUUUGUUGUGGAAAAAGCUGAGCAAGACAAGAGAAGUGCUGUAAUUAGGGCACAGGGUGAGGCAAAAAGUGCCCAAUUGAUCGGGCAAGCUAUCGCCAACAAUCCAGCUUUUAUCACACUGAGGAAGAUAGAAGCAGCAAGAGAGAUUGCACAUACCAUAUCUAAUGCAGCAAACAAGGUUUACCUGAAUUCAGAUGAUCUGUUGCUGAAUCUUCAGGAGAUGAAUUUGGAGCCAAGCAGAAAGUGAGCCUGUUUGUGAUUCUCUUUAGUUUUUAAAUAUGAAAACAUUCAAUUUCAGGAUGUAUGUUUUUUCAAAAGUCGUGCAGUUGGCUUGACCAAAUAACUGAAUGGUAGCCUUUUUAAAUCUUUGGUAAAGGGAUUAUUUGAGAUCCAAAAACAUUUUUAAUGUUACAUAAAAUGGAAUAGCUUCAGCUAUUGAGUCGGCAU